AUGAUAACUGAACACUACAAUAGGCUGUUCAUUAUUAUCUCUCUGGUUCGUGAUAAUUGCGUUAUGGGUAAAAAGGAAGAAGUCAAAGAAGCUUUGCCAGUCUUGGGAAGACCUGGAAACAAUGUUCGUAUCGGAAUUGUGGGAAUGCCUAACGUUGGAAAGUCGAGUCUCUUCAACGAUCUCUCCAAGUUGAACGUUCCUGCGGAAAACUACCCCUUCUGCACAAUUGAUCCUAAUGUUGCUCGUGUGCCCGUGCCUGAUGAACGUUUUGAUUACAUGGUCCAAGCUUUUAAGCCCAAGAGCGAGGUUUCGGCUGUAUUGCAGAUUACAGAUAUUGCUGGACUGGUGAAGGGAGCUUCGGAAGGAGCGGGUCUGGGUAAUGCUUUCCUCUCGCAUAUUCGUGCGGUGGAUGCCAUUUUCCAAGUCCUCCGUUGCUUUGACAGCAAGAACGUGACUCACGUGGAGGGAAGCGUGGAUCCGGUGCGUGAUAUGGACAUCAUUCGCGAUGAGCUCUUGAAGAAGGACAUUGAGACGAUCCAGAACCAAGUCGAGAGCAUGGCGAAGUCGGUGGCGCGUGGUCUUGGCGGCAAGGCUGCGAAAGAGGAGUACGAGACGCUGAAGAAGAUUCUGGAGACGAUGCAGGAGGGCAAGGACAUCCGUGCUGUGCGCUGGAACGCGGCUGAGAUCGAAGUGAUCAACACGUACCAGCUGCUGUCGGCGAAGCCGAUCGUGUACCUGUGCAACCUGAGCGAGAAGAACUACAUCCUGCGCAAGGAUCCGCUGAUGGACAAGGUCCGCGAGAAGGUCGCUGCCAUGGGCCUCGGCGAGCAGGUGAUUCCCUUCAGCGCUCGCUUCGAGACCAAGCUGCUCAACAUGUCCGAGGAGGAGGCCAAGGCGUAUUGCGAGAAGUACCACACGAAGAGCCAGCUGCCUCGUAUCAUCACCACCGGAUACCAUGUGCUGAAUCUGAUUCACUUCUUCACCGCGGGAGCCGAUGAGGUCAAGUGCUGGACCAUCCGAAAGGGAACGCUCGCUCCCCAGGCUGCCGGUGUGAUCCAUACCGACUUCGAGAAGGGAUUCAUCUGCGCCGAGGUCUACAAAUUCGAGGACUUUAAGGAGCUGAAGACCGAGGCUGCCAUUAAGGCUGCCGGUAAGCUGAAGCAGGAGGGACGAAACUACGAGGUACAGGACGGAGAUGUGAUCUUCUUCAAAUUCAACGUGGGUACUGAAGGAAAGAAGAAGUAAUGAUAGAACCAAGGUU